AUUAUAUAAGUAAAAACAGCGUAUCAGUUUUAUCUCAUCAAUAUACCUGCAACCAACUGAAUUUCUCGCAGCGAAUCGGACAAUUUCCCUGAAGUACAAUGACUGAUUACCAGAGGGCUCUAAAAGCAGCUACAUUUUCACAUUACCCAUGGUUGCCGAUCUUGCGUUUAUAUGUGCCGGCUGUUUCAAGCAUCAAAACAAACCUGAGCCUUUUGCAUCACGGUUAUUGCCUUUAAUCAAUAACAAAUAAUCAAGUUAUUACGUUUAAAUCAUCGAAACGACAUGAGUCGCAGGAAGAGAGCAAAGGUGGAGUACAGGGAAAUGGAGGAAAAAUAUAAUCAGUUAGAAGAUGAGAAUACCUCAGAUACAUCAGAAAAGUCUAAAACUGGACUUGUAACUCCGGAGAAAAAAGUUUCCACAGAGGUGAAGAAAGAAACUGAAUCUACAGUGUCUGCUCCUACACCUUCUGCUUCGAAAACUGAAGUCAAAGAAGAAGAUGAUCAAGAUAGCGAUCACGAAGACCCACAUGUAAAGGAAUUAUUGAAUGGAUUGGAAGGUGCAGCCUUUCAAAGUCGUCUUCCAUUUGAUAAAAUGACAUCUACCGAAGCAGCUUGUUUCCCUGAUGUCUCCAGUGGACCACCACAAACACAAAAAGUGUUUUUACACAUUAGAAAUAGACUUUUGCAAAUUUGGUUGGAAAAUCCAAAACAACAAUUAAUUAUUGAAAAUGCAUUACCACAAAUUGAGCCACCUUAUAAUAGCGAUACAGGACUUACUCGUAGGAUUCAUGCCUUUUUAGAGCGGCAUGGUUUUAUAAACUUUGGAGUCUUUAAACGUCUUAAGUCUCUACCGACUAAAAAAUUAGGUAAAGUUGUUGUAAUUGGAGCUGGUAUUGCUGGAUUGGCAGCAGCUCAGCAAAUGCAACAGUUUGGAUUAGAAGUAAUUGUAUUGGAAGCUAGAGAUCGUGUUGGUGGGCGAAUCGCCACAUUUCGCAAAUCAAAUUAUAUUGCGGAUUUAGGAGCUAUGGUGGUCACAGGUUUGGGCGGGAAUCCUGUAACAACUCUUAGUAAACAAAUUAAUAUGGAACUUCAUAAAAUACGACAAAAGUGUCCAUUGUACGAAAGCGAUGGUCAAACGGUUCCAAAAGAUAAAGAUGAAAUGGUUGAAAGAGAAUUUAAUAGAUUACUGGAAGCUACUUCUUACCUUUCGCAUCAAUUAGAUUUUAAUUAUGUAAAUAGCGCAGGAUCUGGAGGACAAGGUGGUAAUACACGUCCUGUGUCCUUGGGACAAGCGCUAGAAUGGGUGAUACGUUUACAAGAACAAGGUGUAAAGCAGCGUCAAGUAGCACAUUUGCGUUCUGUGCUCUCUUUACAAGGACGAUUAGUUACUAAUCAACAUAGAAUGAUCUCAAUUAUGGAUCGUUUGAUGGAAUUAAAUAAACAAUACAAGGAAAUGACAGAAAGUAAAUUGCAAACUCGAGAUAUAACGCAAGAAUUUGUACUUCGAUCUAAAUUGCGUGAUCUUCACAAUGCUUGCAAGGAAUGGGAUCAGCUAUCAGAUCAGCAGAAAGAAAUUGAAGCAAAGUUACAAGAAUUGGAAGCAUCGCCACCUAGUGACGUGUAUCUAUCCUCCAAGGAUCGACAGAUAUUAGAUUGGCAUUUUGCAAACUUGGAGUUUGCCAAUGCAACAUCGUUGUCAAACUUGAGCUUGAAGCACUGGGAUCAGGACGACGAUUUCGAGUUUACCGGAAGUCAUCUAACCGGAGUUGCCCCGCGCCGUCGGCGCGUUGCGAGAGAGAGCGCGACUCGCUCGACCGAUGAUAGUCAUCGCUGUUUCGUCAGCGGGAAAAACUCCCGGCAUUCGAGGGGACUCCUUCUUUCGUCAUCAUCCUUUCUCUUGGCCGCCCGCCAUCGUGGACUUCCUCUGCACGCUCGCCUUCGCAACGGUUAUUCUUGCGUACCUGUUGCUCUCUCGGAGGGACUUGAUAUUCGAUUGAACACAGCUGCCAGGGCGGUGCGAUACGGGCCAAAUGGCGUGGAAAUCUGGGCUGGGCCCUCCCGCAGCCCGCACACGAACAACACCAUUUAUAAGGCGGACGCCGUUCUGGUUACGCUGCCCCUCGGCGUCCUCAAGAUUACCACGCCGCCUUCCGGGGUCACCUUCACUCCGCCGCUUCCGGAUUGGAAGUCUCAGGCGAUUCAGCGGCUCGGCUUCGGCAAUUUAAAUAAGGUAGUAUUAUGCUUCGAGCGCAUUUUCUGGGAUCCCACGGCCAAUUUGUUCGGCCACGUGGGAAGCACCACCGCUUCGCGCGGCGAGCUCUUCUUGUUCUGGAACUUAUACAAGGCGCCUGUCCUGCUGGCCCUCGUCGCCGGUGAAGCAGCUUGCGUAAUGGAAAAUGUCAGUGACGAUGUUAUCGUCGGCCGUUGCAUCGCCGUCCUGAAAGGUAUUUUUGGCAAUCAAGUGGUGCCGCAGCCGCGCGAAAGCGUGGUGACGAGAUGGCGCGCGGAUCCUUGGGCAAGAGGAUCGUACAGUUUCGUCGCAGUCGGCAGCUCCGGCAGCGAUUACGAUCUCCUGGCGGCGCCCGUGUCACCGCCGCAUCUGAUCAAUCAACCACCGCCGCAGCCGAGAGUGUUCUUCGCAGGAGAGCACACUAUACGGAAUUAUCCAGCCACCGUGCAUGGCGCAUUUCUCAGCGGGCUGCGGGAGGGCGGGCGUAUAGCCGACCAGCUUUGUGGAAGUCCUUACGCGCCGCCAACAAUGACAGCUUCCGUUCCGCCGUCAACGGGGAUCACGCCAGCAAAUACCGGCAGCAGUUCGACGCCUUAAUAUUUUCGCAUCGACUAUUGCGUUUUUGUUCUGUAAGCGAAAAAAAAACCGAGGACUGCCAGUCGCAAAAAAGCUCUUCCGGAAAAAAGAUACAAAAAAAUUUCCUCGCGACACAAUUCGAGCUUUUGCGAGCAUCUUCGUGACGACGACGCACAUUCGUUGGCGUUCGCUGUAUUGUCAUAACGUAUACGUGAUCGUUUUCGAAUAAUUUAGUUCAUUAUGUUUGGAUAUCAGUUUGAUUUUAAUGAUUGAUUGAAGGUGGAUGAUUAAACAAAUACGGGUGAAUGAAUUUGAAACGCUCAAUUUUUCAUGAUACAUCGUGUUGUGUUAAGCAUACACGCAAGUUUACAGCUCAAAAUGUUUCAUUUCUAUAUAUUUCUAUACAUUACCGUAUAUUUUACUUCAUAGUAUAUUAAUUAUUUUUUUAUAACAUUGUAAACUCUUUCGGAGGUUUCCGAAAAUUCAUUAUGUUUGCCCAACACUCUUAAUUAUGCUUCCAUCAUUUAUCUCAUCUACACACAGUCCAUGAUGAUUUUACAUGCUACGAUGCGUGUCUUGAACAAUUGAAAAGUAUUAUUAUUUGUAAAAGCAUAUCAAUUGAUAUCAUAACUGAGUUAAAACAAAAAAAAAACCAAAAAUAUUGUCAGUACUGUAUAUGAACGGACAUGAGCUGUAUCAUAAAAUGCGAAAUAGCGCUAAAUUAUGAAGAUGUAUUAUUUUAUGACGCAGUAUUACUUCAUGAUGAUAGAAUGAAUAAGAUAAACUUCGUAAUAUUACGUAAGUCAUCUUUUAUAUAACGAAAAUCAGAUUUAUGUAAUUAUAUAUGUAAUUAUUUUAAUAUUAUCAUAGUGCACAUCAUGCUAAAUAUGAUAAACUUUAGUUUUAAUCUAUCGAAAUGUCUGAUGACGGAAAAAUUGAUAAAAGUUUUACGAAAUGUUUCCUGUAUUUAAUUUUGUAUUUAAUUGUAUUUUAUUUUUAUCUAUAAUAAAUGAUUCUUGUUCAUGUUUCUUCAAGUGCGAUCAUUAUAAAAUAAUACCGCAGUCAUAAAGCUAACUUUAAAAUUAAUAUGUCGAAUGUAAUGUAUUAUGUAUUACAUUCCUGCACAAUAGAGUGCAUUCAAAUUUUUGUUUCAUAGCUUAAACCUCUGUGCGAUUAAUAAAUUAGAUGUAUUUAGACGUACAAAAAAACUGUGUUGUAAAUUAUGAAACGUAAUUGCGAGAUUUUACAUAUAUGUGUAACGGAUUGAUUAAAACAGUUAUGCAUAUAUCGACAGUAUCCAACAGAUGUUUCUUCUUAAUUCCUCAGCAUAUUAUAAUUUUGAUGUUUGUAAACACAAGUUUCGAAACAUGAAGUAGUAAAUUGUUUAUUCAAUGCUCAUACGUUCCUGAUCUAAU